AUGCAAUGCAGUGCGCGGCGUCCUAAAUCGCCCCAGCCUGACCGACGGCGUACACACGUACCCGGUCGUCGCGAGCACGGCGACCAACACGCCGUACAGGAACGCGUUCCCGAGCGGCUUCACCGGCUCCUCCUUCGCGCUGACCUCGUACCCCUUGUCCAGAUACUCCCCCUUCGCGAAGACGUUUUCGCCGAAGAAACCACCCUUGGUGCCUCCCACCUUUCGCUGCAGCGCGUUGUACUGCUCCCUCGACAUCUUGUCCCCUCUCUCAUGCUCUUCGCCGCGCGGAGCAGGCCGCGGUCGGACUCGAUGUCCUCCUCGAAGUUGAUCGCGCUCAGCGCUUUGAACGCGAAGAGAGAGAGGCCGCCCUUCUCCUGCGCCUCGUACGCCUUGCGCUUGUCGCGCGACUUUUUAAUGCGCGCGUACGCGUCGGUCAUGGUCUCCUGCGGGACGUACUCCACGUCCCUGACCUGCUGCUGCUGCCGCGGCGGCGUCGAUGACGCCUUCUUCGCGCCGCCGAAGAGCGCGCCGAGGCCUUUCGGCGCGGGCGGCGGCGUCGGCGGCGGCGGCGGCGCCUCUUUCUUCCAGAACGCGCGCGUCGCGAUGCGCGACGACGCGCGACGCGCGUCGUCGUCGCCGCGCGCGGAGGACGCGCGGCGGCGGUCCGCGCCGGCGACGACGCGCGUCGGGACGACCGCGGAGGCGAACGACAGGGCGGACAUUUCGAUGACGCGGGGAGAGAGGAGAGACGUCUCGGCGCGCGCGUCGAGAGUGGCGAGAGUGCCGCGACCGUCGACGCGACGACGCGGCACGUUUUCGUGCACGUCUGGGCGACGGCGCCGCGACGAUAAAAAAAAGCGGCGACACCGCCACUUGUCCGUGGAACGCUCGCACGUGAUUGGCUGA